GAGGAAUCUAAACCUGAUUGGAUGAAUGGUUCUUAAAUAGGAAGGGAACAACAGGUAUAACUCAUUUUACAGGACAAGACAAACUAAAGCUUCAGUGGAGAUCUUUGCAGAUAAAAGACGACGUGAAGCUCUAACGGAAGAUUCUACAGGCUCGUUCUCCCUCUCCACAGAUGGAAGAUAACAUUUUGGAUCAGAGUGCUCCUAUGCGUGUGUUGGUUACCGGGGGGACCGGUUUGGUGGGUAGGGCCAUACAGCAUGUGGUCCGUGAAGAGCGAGGGAUCCGGGAGGGUGAGGAGUGGAUCUUCCUCUCUUCUACGGACGCAAACCUCAUGGACGCGGGUGAGACACGGGAGGUGUUUCAGAAACACCAGCCAACACAUGUCAUUCACUUGGCAGCCAUGGUUGGAGGACUCUUCAAAAACAUGAGAGCCAACCUGGGCUUCUGGAGGAACAACAUUUACAUCAAUGACAACGUUCUCCAGGCUGCUCACGAGGUGGAUGCUGUCCGGGUGGUCUCAUGUCUGUCCACCUGCAUCUUCCCUGACAAGACCACCUACCCCAAUGAUGAGACCAUGAUCCACAAUGGCCCUCCUCACAAAUCUAACUUUGGCUACUCCUACGCCAAGAGAAUGCUCGAUGUUUACAACAGGGCGUAUCACGACCAAGAGCGUGGGCGUUUCUACACGGCAGUGAUACCAACCAAUGUGUUUGGUCCUCAUGAUAAUUUCAACAUCAAGGACGGGCAUGUUCUACCAGGACUCAUACACAAAGCCUACAUCGCUCGGAAGGAGGGCAGUCCAUUAGUGGUGUGGGGCUCAGGAACUCCCAGAAGGCAGUUCAUCUACUCGUUGGACCUGGCUCGCCUCUUCCUCUGGGUGCUGACAGAGUACAAAGAAGUGGAACCCAUUAUCCUGUCUGUCGGUGAGGAAGAAGAGGUGUCCAUCAAGGAGGCAGCAGAGGCUGUUGUCGAGGUGAUGAGGUUCAAGGGUCAAGUGACUUAUGACACAACUAAAGCAGAUGGACAGUUCAAGAAGACAGCCAGUAAUGCCAAGCUUCGCCAGUACUGUCCCAACUUCACCUUCACCCCCUUCAAACAAGCCCUGAAGGAGACUUGUGAUUGGUUUGUGGCCAACUACGACUCCGCCCGCAAGUAAAGAUUCCUCCAAUUGGAUUGAACGCCAGUCCUAGCAAGUCAGCCGGAGCUAGAGGUGAAGGCGUGAUUGGUUGUUCAGGUUGGGAGGCCUCCAUAUAUGUUGACAGAUAUCUGCCAUUAAAUCGUUUAAAUCCUUCCCCCAAACCAACUCCUUCUAAUUUUCUAAAUCAUCGACAAUGGUUGUUUGCUUGAAUCUAAAGUUUUCUUAAGGGUUUCAUCCUCUGACACUUGAAUUGGCUAUUGCAUUAAAACCAGUACUUUUCACUAAUAAACUGACAGGCCAAAACAGUCCCACACAUUCAAUGAAUCUGCAAUUAUCUAUGGCCUUCUUUGACACUUAAAUUGCAAUUACAAACAUAGAAAAUUUCUAUUCAGCCUGUAAUAUUCAGCCUGUAAUGAAGCCUGUAAUAUUCAACCUGUAAUGAAGCCUGUAAUAUUCAGCCUGUAAUGUUCAGCCUGUCAUGAAGCCUAUAAUAUACAGCCUCUAAUGAAGUCUGUAAUAUUCAGCCUGUUAUGAAGCCUGUAAAAUUCAGCCUGUAAUGAAGCCUGUAAUAUUCAGCCUGUAAUGAAGCCUGUAAUAUUCAGCCUGUAAUCAUGUAAAAUGUAACAUCCAUCUGAGGGAGCCAAACCUGAGCUUUUUUGACAGAUAACCUAUGCCACAUAAAAAAGGACUCAUAAAACAGAGGGUUAUAAAUACAUAAUAUUUAGUGGUUUGCUUCCCCUGGUAUUACAUUGAAAUUACAACAGAAUAAUGAUUAAUCAGUAUAGGUUAUUACAAGUGUGUAAAUAUACAUGAUUUUUGUUUUAGUAAUAACACAAUGUCUUGUUACACAGGAAAAUAAAACACAUUGGAAUUACACUUUUGCAGUUGGCUCUGUUGCACCAUAUGAAUAACUAGAUCAAAUAUGUUUAAAAUAAUUGUUUGGUAAUCUUGAAAGGUUGCGGAAUGCAUCUUUAACUACUG